GCUGCGGAGGGCCGGCGGGGCGGCUCCGGGCACGGGCGGCUGUCGGGGCUCAGGGCUGAGAUCUGCCCGCGGGGCCGUGCGGGGCGGCAGCCCGAGCCCGGCACCGCUAGUCCCAGCGCCGGGCCUGGGGGUCCUGCCCUGAAGAAUUGCAGGAAGAAGCGUUCCUUGUGCUCAGCCCGCAACUUCCUAUUUUGUCCGUCCCUUGGCCGUCGCGGGGAGGCAAAGGCCCCUGUUAAACCAAACGCCCGUUCUUGCAGCUGAGCAUUUUCUGCCCAUACUUGUUUGAGAAGGAAAUGUUCAGCAAUUUGGUUUGGAUGUUUGUCCUACUCUGCAGCUCUGUAGCAGAUGAAAACUCCAUCAGAGAUGCUGACAUUUUUCCUUCAUCUCCUGAAAUUGAAAGAGGAUCCUCCCUGGAACUAUCUUGCGUUCUUAGAAAAAGCGACACACGUCAGAGAAAUGCAAACCACAUCAUCUGGAAACUGAAUGAUGCAUUGAUUUCUCCAGAAGAAUAUAACAUUGUGAAUGAGACUGUAUCUAAUAUAACCAUCCAUAAUUUCACUUACAGCACAGCUUAUGUGGAAUGUCUCAUGAAGUACUUGGACAAGGAACUACCUUUGGUUCACACAGUAGUUAAAUCUGGCUUUCGUCCAGACAUGCCAGAAAAUAUUUCCUGCAUUUACUUCUAUGAUGUUAACCUUACCUGUACCUGGAGUGCAGGAAGAGAAACAAGUUUUACAACAAACUAUACUCUUUACCGAAAACUGAUGAGUUCUCCGUAUACAGUCAGAUCCUGUCAGAAUACAACAGAGUCAUGUUCAUUUUUUUAUCCAAACAAUGAUUAUAGUAAUGAUUUUUGUUUUCAAGUGGAAGCUAAAAAUGUUUUGGGUGAAUCCUUAACAGAGUGUGUUUCUAUACCUUUGCAAAAAAUAGAGAAAUUUGCCUCUCCUGAAAUACUUUCAGUAAAAAAAAUCCCUGGUAUUAAGCAAUUACUUAUGGUAACCUGGAAAAUGCCUGAGAAAAUUAUCCCUUUAAAACAUAGAAUUUGCCAGGUUCAAUACAGAAACUUGUAUUCAAACUUUACCGAAUUUGUCAACGUGUCCCUGAAUUCUAAAAAAGAUGAAAUAGUAUCAUGUAAUCUCACAGGUCUGUGGGACUCCACAGACUAUUCUGUUGCCAUUCGGUGUAUAAAUAAUGAGUCAGCAUUUUGGAGCGGAUGGAGUGGAGAGAAAAACGGAAGUACAGAAGAAAAAGCUCCUUCCCAAAAAGUGGAUUUGUGGAGAGUAAUUGAGUCUUCACCCUCAUCUAGAAACAGAUCUGUACAUCUUAUGUGGAAGCCAUUAAAAAGCUUUCCGCCUUCUGGGAGAAUUCUAGGCUACAAAAUACAGUAUUUUCCAGAAAACAAGACUGCAUGUAAAAGGACAAAAAACUCUACUGAUGAGAAAAUCACCUUAUUUUUAAAUGAAGAGGCACAUAUAAUAUCUGUCACUGCCUAUAACUCUGCUGGAAAGUCCCCUGAAGCUAUUUUGAGGAUUCCAUCCACUGAUGAAAAAUCCUCUCAGAUGAUUGAAACAAUGAUAACCUCUACAUUAAAUGAAGAAGUGGUGGUGCAGUGGAAGACCUCUGAACCAGAAACAACCACAUAUGUGGUUGAGUGGUAUGAGGAAUUGGAGACGGACCCUUUUCUUAGAUCAUGGCAAUAUGUGUCAAAUUCUACAGAGUGGAAAAAUAACAGAAAAAACUUUAAACCUUUUUUAUGCUAUAACAUCUUAGUGUAUCCUCUUUAUGGAAAAAACAUAGCAGCUCCAUCUUAUGCACAAAUCUAUGCUCAAGAAAAAAAGCCAUCAGAAGGACCUGUGGCUGAUACAGACAUUCCGGGGAAAAAUGAAGUUACAGUAAAGUGGAAUGAGAUUUCAAAGGCUAAAAGAAAUGGAUUUAUCACUAACUAUACAAUAUUUUAUAAACCUGAAGAUGGAAAGGAAUUGAUUUGCAGACUUACAAAUCUUGUGAUGGUUGUUUCUUACGGCUGUCCAGUUCAGACCCAGGGCAAGAAUAUUCCUGAUGAAACAGUGAACUCUGACAUUCUGCAAUACAGACUGAAGUCCUUACAGGCUAAUACACAAUAUACUGUUCGGAUCAUGGCAAGCAACAAAGCUGGUGGGACCAUUGGAGAGCCAAAAACCUUCAAGACUUUGAAAUUGGAUAAAGAUGAUGUCUUUUUUAUUGCCAUACCUGUUGGGAUAAGCAUGUUGUGUCUCAUAGGCCUUUGGAUAACAUGUGUUUUGAAAAAACAUGCGUUUAAAAAAGUUUGCUGGCCUGAUAUACCAAAUCCUGAAGAGAGUCUUGCAGUUGAAUGGCCUCUUGCUUCAUCUAUGAAUAAUUCAUUUUUGAAGAGAGUGUCAUCUCAGACUAAAACUGUAGACUUCGAAGACAUAAAUGUUUUGGAAUAUUGUUUUCCCGAAGAAGGUCAGGAAGAAUCACUACUAAUAAAUUAUGAAAACCAUGUUUCUGAAUGUACUGAUACUAAUAUAAAAGGCAUAACUAACAGAGAUGAAAAGAUACUUCAUAAUGAAGAGGAUGAAGCUGCUAAUUGUUUUUCCCCAUCCAUGACUUACGUAAUUACUGAUCAAUUUACCAGAAGUCAAAUGCAUUCAGCUUUGAUACCGGUGAAGGAAGUCCAACCCAUAGAAAUGGUGGCAAAUGAUUUGUGUGGAUCCCAACAGAAUCCAAUUAAAAAUGAAGAAAAUGAUGUUGAAGAAGUUUUAAAGCUGGAAGAUUUCAGUGAAAAAGCACUAUUCAAUCCAUACCUUAAAAAUUCAGUUAAAGCAAGGGAAUUUCUUGUUUCUGAGAGCUUGCCAGAGCACAGUAUGGAUGAAUGCAAAAGCCAGUCAAGUGUCUUACCUCCUUUUCAACCAAAAGUUCCAGGACAGUCCUACAUAACGCUGGACAUGUUCAGGCUGGCCAAAGCUCAGUAGCGUGAGAAAACUCCAUUGUAAAAUCAUCCUGUGAGAUAUCCCUUGGCACUCUGCUCAUAGGCAUUCAUAUCUAAUGUGGCUGAUCUCAAUUAAUUUGGAUGGAAACACCCUUUUCCUUCAAAUAGCUGUGAAGUAGUUUUUUAGACUGUGUGUGUACACAUCAGAGUUACCUUUCAAACUGGAUUUUUGGGGGUUUUGUUGGUUUUUUGUUUUGGUUUGUGUGGUUUUUUGUUUACCAGGCAUGCCAGUAGUGAGGCACAAGAAAUUGCUUUUGUUAUUUCUUGGUAGUUCUCCUGUAUCAGCCUGCUAAAACAAACUGCAGGAGCAUCUGUCAGUACAAGCAGCUCAUCUCUUUCUCCCAACACAACCAGUUCCCAAGGCUCAGCUCUGAUGGGGAAGCAUGGGCAGACUUGAACAGAGUCAGAAUCUGCCAAAUCCUUCCUUCAGUUACAUGGAGCAGAACUACUUUCCUUUUCUUAUUUUUCUUGUUUGUUUUUUAUCUGAUUUUAUAUAUCAUGUUUCUCUUGCUUUACAGAUAUUUUCUAGUAGUUGUCUUUUUUCAUCAUGACUCUUAAAUUAAUUGUUUGGCCUUUCUUGUCUUUAAUGAGAGUAUAUUUUCUAUGUUAUCUGCAUUUUGGAAAAUGUGUUAUGUUGCCUCCUUUCCUUUCUCAUGUUUUUAAUAGUCCUCAGCAUUUUGUGCUGUUUUUGUGUCUCCUGUUUGUUUCCUGCUUUCUAAAACAGCUUACUGAAGGAUAACUUCUUAUCUUCUUGUUCCUUUGCUUCUGUUUCAGUUUAAAACUGCAUUUCGCAGUUGAGAUUUUGAUAUUUUGAACUGAAAAAAAAAGUCAACUAAAUAUGUCAUCUUGUGUUAAAAUAAGCACUGAGUUAGGAAUUUGUUUUUCAAGGAGGUAAUGAAAAGACACUAAGUCUAUAAAAUCUUCCCAGAUUUAGGAUUAAAUCAAUUACCAUGUAUUUACAUUUACCAUGUUGCAUCCACAAGGUAUUUCUACAUGAGGAUAUAACUUUUGUCAUUUGUUUUAUGGUUUUGUUAAGCCAUAAAUGGAAUUGUAGUUUCCAUUUUACAAAUCAGCAAUUAAGUAGUAAAACACUCAAUCACACUAAUUUUUUAACAAGAAAGAGGCUAUUAUUGUAAAACUCUUACUAAAAUACUCUGCUAAAUAACAGGUUUAAAAAGGUGGUGAGUCCAAAUAAAUUGUAUUUGAAAGGA